AUGCCUAACGGCGGUUUCCAUGAGGGAUUAGAGGAAAGAGGAAAGGGAUUUAGGGUUCAGUGGGUAGGGGCGUUAGCGUCGAGUUUUAGGUCAAAUAGUAAACUAAAAUCGUUAAACAUUGACUCGCUACCACCCAUUAUUAUAAACAAUGUUGCUUUGCCGUAUGUAAGCCAAACAAAAUGUCUGGGCUUAUCACUAAACAAUGAUCUCUUAUGGAAAAAUUAUGUUUCACAAACUGUUAGAAAAAUUUUGAUGUACACUUACACCUAA